AUGCGAGGUAGCCACAUGUGCGGGUCCGAGUCCAUGGAGCCAGGCUUCAGAGCGGCGGUCUUGCAUGAAGAAAAUCAUCAUCACUCGCAGUCCAUCGGGUUACUAUUAAUUACUACACGUCGUAACAACUACCCGUUGCUAUACGCUGUCCCCUACCACUGA